CAAUUUAAAACAUUACGGAACCGAAACACCACCAAAGUACAAUCUAUCAAACGUUAACAAUACAAACAUUAUGAUCUUACAAUCAACCGGGGACACAACAGCAAAUCCAAUUGAUGUCCAACAUUUGAUUGACCGUCUACCAGUUACUCCCGUUGAGAGGAUCAAAAUUGAAGAUGACGAUUUUCUCAUCUUGAUUUCUUGUUUAACAAUGAAGUUGGAAAAUUGGUCAGUAAGCCGAUCGCUAAGUUUUUGGCUAAUUAUCGAUAAAAUCAACAAUCAGCUAAUUGUAAACGGGGAUCAACUGAUGUUCCUUAUAACUCAUUUUGAGAACUAAAUUAUUGAAUUUUUUAAUUUUCUUAGCCUUAAAUUAUUUGAUUGUAACGUUAAUUUCUAAUGAUUAAUUUUAUUUCUUCACUUCUAAGACUUUAAAACUUACGUCGAAAUAGAUUUUAUUAAAAACUAUUAAAACUUCGUCGUUCGAAAGAUCAAGUUUUCUUUCCGUUUUUUUGCCUUUUAGGUUCAGAAUUUUCGACAUCUUUAUGAUCAUAGUUACUCAGAAUCGACAGAUUCAUGUACUGAUUAAAGAAUCAUAAUGAACAAUUUUCGAUUUUGACCUGAUAAAUUACCAAAUCUGAGUCCUUGUUACCGAUGAAUAAAAAAUAUUGGAUUAUUAUUAUUGACGAAGUUUUCAAAAAAAAUAUCAACUUUCACUGCAAAAAUUUACUCUAAUUAAGUUUAAUUAGACAUCCUGAUGGUUAUGAUUGAGAUUUUGUUACAAUUAAUUGAGAAAAUUAGUUGGAGAAAAAUGAUCAACAUGAUUCAAUAUGAUAACAAUUUAACAAUAAAUCAAGUGAAUAAAAGAUUUACAAAGUGAUUGUUAGUAAUUUGAUUUAAUCAUCAAUUCCUAAAAUUGGCUAAUCUGAACGAUAUUAAACAUAAUCAUCAAACUUGAUUACGAUAGACAAUUAAACUAAUCUAUAUUCAUCAAUUGAAAAUGUCAUUGAUUAACUUUACUAAUCUGUUGAUUGUUCUAAUCGUGGUACAGUUAACUAUUAAUAAUUGUCUUGAUUUAGAUGAAGUUGAUAAAAAAAAUAUUCCCGAUAUAAUUGAAGCUCGUGGAUUCAUUUGUGAGACUCAUUAUAUCACAACGAGUGAUGGUUAUAUCUUGGGCAAUUAUCGUAUUGUUAAUCCAUUGAUGCCUAAAUCAUUUGCUUAUCCACAAUUAAAACCAAUUAUACUGCAAAGUGGAUUCCUUGGAUCGGGUGUUGAUUUUAUAAUUGCCUCACCUCGAGGAUUUGUUAAUCAAUCAAUUGCACUCAAUGCAAAUGAGUUGGACUUAAUUGACUUCGACCUUGAUGGACGUAAUUUAGGUUUCAUCUUAGCCAAUUUGGGUUAUGAUGUUUGGUUAACUAACCCUCGGGGCAAUUUCUACUCAACUAAUCACACAACACUAGACCCAGAGUCCAGAGAGUUCUGGUCAUUUUCAUUAGAUCAAAUGGCAAAUAUUGAUUUACCGGCAAUGGUUGAUUACGUUUUACAAGUUACUGGACGAGAAACAAUCGGGUAUAUUGGGUUCUCUCGAGGAUCUUUGGUUAUGUUUGGGUUAUUAGCUGAUCAACCAAAUUACUCAAAGAAAAUAAAUCCAUUCGUUUCGAUUGCACCACCGAUUUUCCUAAAGAACUUCGAUAGUCCGUUCAGAAUUUUGGCCUGCAGUGAGUUGGUGGCCAAGUUUAUUCGGGACCAUCCGAGGUCAUGUUUCCCUCGAUCUAUACUAAGAUUAGAAGGAAUUUGUUCAUACAUAUUGAUCAAACCUCUUUGUGACAUGAUUAGAUUGAAUCUUCUUAGCCUUGAUGUAUAUACAGCGAAUUCAUCACGACUGGAGAUCUACUUUUCUCAUCUUCCCGCUGGAUCCUCGUGUUGGGAUUUUGUACAUUUCGCUCAGCGAAUAACCAAUAACCACUUUAUGCACCUUGAUUUCGGCUCCGAUUACAAUUUAAAACAUUACGGGUCCGAAAAACCUCCAAUUUACAAUUUAUUAAACGUCAACAGUACAAACAUUAUGAUCAUACAAUCAACCGGCGAUAAAACAACGAAUCCAACUGAUGUGCAACAUUUGAUUGACGAGCUACCAGUUCCUCCCAUUGAAAGGGUUAAAAUUGAAGAUGAAAACUUUUCUCACCUCGAUUUCCUGUUUAAUAAUAACGCUGGACUAUUGGUCAAUAGGCCAAUCGCUGAAUUUCUGGCCAAUAACCUAUGAGAAUUGCGACAAUAUCCUAAGAUAUAAUAGUUCUAAAUUCGUAUGUUAUAUGAUUGAAAGAGAAUUGGUUCAAGCUGAUUGGAUUCGAAGCUUAUGAAUAUGAAUUUCGAUCAAUAGUAAUCACGAAAUAAAAUAAUUUAUCCGAAUUAUUUUGAUCGUGACUAAGAAAAGUAUCACUAAUCAAUUGGUUACAUCCACUUGAUUGUUGGAUUAAUUCAGUUCGAUAAACUUUCAAUUCUGAGAGCCAUAUCUAGUAUGAUCAUUGGCAAUUUCUGACUUAAUUGAUUUCCAUCAAUUGUUAUCACCAAAUCAUCAGUCAUUCAGAUUUGAUUCCUUUUGUUUUCAAUUUAUCUCAGCAUGAUAAUUGAAUAAUAAUCGUCUCAUAAACCUCAUCUUAAAUAUCAUGAUUUAUGAAGAGAUUGAUAAUAUGAUUAAGUUUAUCCAUUUUCCAAUCAAAGAUAAUCAUGAAAGUUGAUUGUGAUAA